GCGGCGGCGGCAGUGAUGUCGCCGGGCAUGGUGGAGGUGGAGGUGGAGAGCAUGGACAAGGCUGGCAACUUCAUCGGCUGGCUGCACAUCGAGGGGGUCAACCUGUCGGUGGCGCUGGUGGAACAGGCCCUCUCCAAGGUCCACUUCACCGCCGAGAGGAGCUCCUACUACAAGGCCCUGCUGGCUGCAGAGGAGGCUGCCAAGCAGAAGAAGGAGAAGGUAUGGUCCCACUACGAGGAGACCCCAGUGGAGGAGGUGGUGCAGGUGCUGGAGGAGAAGGAGCGCACAGCCAACUACAAGCCUGUCUUCGUGACGGAGAUCACAGACGACCUCCACUUCUACGUGCAGGACGUGGAGACAGGAGCUCAGCUGGAGAAGCUGAUGGAGAACAUGCGUACCGAGGUGGGCAGCCACCCGCCCGUCGAGGGCUCCUACGCCCCCCGGCGCGGAGACUUCUGCAUCGCCAAGUUUGUGGAUGGAGAAUGGUACCGAGCCAGGGUGGAGAAGGUGGAGUCGGCCUCCAAAGUUCACAUCUUCUACAUUGACUACGGCAAUAAGGAGAUCUUACCCUCCACCCGCUUGGCCGCCUUGCCCCCAGCCUUCAGCACCAGGGUCCUGCCAGCCCAGGCCACCGAGUACAAGUUUGCCUUCAUCCAGGUGCCCCAAGACGAGGACGCCAGGGCAGACGCGGUGGACAGCGUGGUGAGGGACAUCCAGAACACCCAGUGCCUGCUCAACGUGGAACACCUGGGGCCAGGCUGUCCCCACGUCACCCUCCAGUUUGCUGACUCCAAGAGCGACGUCGGCUUGGGCUUGGUCAAGGAAGGCUUGGUCAUGGUGGAGGUGCGCAAGGAGAAGCAGUUCCAGAAAGUGAUCACAGAGUACCUGAACGCGCAGGAGACAGCCAAGAGCGCGCGGCUCAACCUGUGGCGCUACGGCGACUUCCGCGCCGACGACGCAGACGAGUUUGGCUACAGCCGUUGAGGGAUGAAGCUUUGGGGACCUCCACCAACCUUGCCACCACUGUUAAUGUCCCCAUGGCUGCCACCCCACCCCACCCCCCCGCCCCACCCCACCUCCUCCUCUCAUCCCACCCAACCCCAGCUGGCCAUAACUCUCCACCCAACCCCCUCCAAGCCUGUAUUUAACGCUUUGGUGGCCCAAUAAAGGUAGUCAAGCGUC